AUGAGGAGAGGUGUUUCUCACUGUCUCGACAAUCUCUGUGUAUUAACUCUGUUUUCUUCCAGUUCUUGUCGCUCCAUUGCCUUCGUGCCACGUGUAGUUAAGCCGAGCGGCCCUGCUUCCUUGCACUUGGGUCCUCCACGCCUCACCUUGGCUUCCUCACCGUUCACUAGCCCCGACCGCCUACAAAAAAACGUUACUUCAACACAGAUCGUGCUGUACGAGGGCAAGAACUUUACAGGCCGCAAGCUGGAGUUGUCCACCAACUGCGACAACUUCCAGGAGCGCGGCCUGGUCAACCGCGUCAACUCCGCGCGAGUGGAGAGCGGCGCCUUCGUGUGCUUCGACCACCCGGACUUCAAGGGCCAGCAGUACGUCUUGGAGCGCGGCGAGUACCCUGAAUUCCAGCGCUGGAGCGCCCUCAACGAUCACAUGGGCUCCUGCCGUCCAAUUAGAAUGCACGGCGAGCACUACAGGCUGGAGAUGUUUGAGGACGACAACUUCAGCGGGCAGCACGUGGAGCUGAACCAAGACUGUCCCUUGCUGCAAGCCAAAGGCCUGACAAAGACCUGCAUCAAGUCCCUCAAGGUCUACGGAGACGGAGCUUGGGUGCUGUACGAGGAGCCCAACUACCGCGGUCGCAUGUACGUGGUGGAGCGAGGAAGUUUCGGCAGCCACACCGAGUGGCAGGCGGACAAUCCCAAAAUCCAAUCUGUUCGCAGGGUCGCCAACUACUUCUGAGAUGGCGCAGAAACAAUUCUGGGAAAACAGCGAAGGCUGAAGAAACAUUUGAUA